UGGAGGAGGCCGCGCCCCCGGCAAAGAGAACCAUGGCUGCCUUCUGAUCAGCGGGGAGGGAAGGACGGCGCUCGGCUCGGACCCCAUGGCUGCCGCAAACAAGGGCACGAAGCCCAAGGUCUCGGGGGUGCGCUUUGCCCCGACGCAGGUGGUGGAGGGCUCCUCCAGCCAUGUCCACUUUGACGAGAAGCUGCACGACUCGGUGGUCAUGGUCAGCCAGGAGAAGGACGGAACCUUCCUCGUCAAGGUGGGCUUCCUGAAGAUCCUGCACAAGUACGAGAUCACCUUUGUGCUGCCCUUUGUGCCGCUGCUGGGCCGGGACGUCUGCGCCGCCCCCCUCGCCAGCCUCCACCUCCGGGUCCUCAGCAUCGCCCCCCACCCCGAAGGCUACAGCAUCAAGUGCGAAUACACGGCGCACACGGAGGGGGUCCUGAAGGAGGAGAUGGUGCUCCAGAGCGAGUCCAACGAGCGGGCCGUGGUCAAGGUGGUGGUCCAGGCGCGGGUCAUGGACCGCCACCACGGGACCCCGAUGCUGCUGGAGGGGGUGAGGUGCGUGGGGGCGGAGCUGGAGUACGACUCGGAGCAGAGCGAGUGGCACGGGUUCGACUAAGCUCGGGCGGCAGCGGCCUCUCCCGCCAUAUAUCCAUAUAUACAUACAUGUAUCUGAGUUAUGUAUACGUAUGGGAUCCCAGAUCUCCUCUAUGUUCCGGUUGAGCUUGAAAACACGCGUGGAGAGGGGCCCUCCGCCACCGCCGCCGUGCGCCGCCUCCGCCUCCGCGUGCCGCCCUUGAGCUGCGCUUGUCUUUUGUGGGACUCGGGAUGGGAAGUCAUGCGCUUUGUUCCGGGCCCAGAACCCAUGGCACUCGGAGCCACAGACUCUGGCCUCAGGCGCUGGUUUCGAAGGAAAGCCAUGAUGUCGCUCCCGCUCCUUGUUGUUUCCGAAACCUUCUUUUCCGCCUCCGUGAGCGCGCAACGGAUUUCUGCGCAUGGCAUGGCUUUGGGGAGCGCAUUGUGGGGUGGGUGGGGGUGGGAGGGACACAUUGUUGGGUUUUCGUACUUGCCGUUUUGUCGUUUCAAAAGGGGAAGGAAAGGAAACGUGCCGCGUCUUCUUCUUGGGCGCAUCUUCCACCUUUGCGAUCGUUUGGCGCAUAAGUCACUGCGCAAAGCGGGGCAAAUGAUCCCAAUCGCCAACCAGUAAAAGUUGCCAGUUUGUCCCUUGGUUCCUGUGCAUUGCGUUGAAUCUAAACACACUCACAAGAGAGAAAGGGCUGAUCGGAGGCGCAUCAAUCCCAAUUCUCCAGCCUCGGCCCAGUUGCAUUCUCUUCUGCAUUUUUCAUGCACACCUCCCUCCUUCAACUGGGCAUCUUCUUCCCAUUGUGCCGAGACUACAAUGCCCAUCGUCCCAGGUGGAGUGAUGGGCUUUGUAGUCCCAACGUAUUAUGGCAUAGCUGUGGAUGAUGGGAAUGCGAAUAUUUGGCUUGUGCUGAAGCUGGGAAGACGUCCCUUUUGUUUUAAACAUUACCGAUAUUGAUCAGAAGCGGAUAAGUAUGUAUUGAUCCCCAAUAUUUCCAAGUCCAGCGUUGGCACAACUUGAGUUUUCUUUUCUGUGUUUUCCUUUUCAGUCUGCCGGGCUCAACUGAGCAUCAUUGUGAUAUGUUGGGACUACAAUGCCCAUUGUUCCAGCCAGGGAGCAAUGGGCAUAGUAGUCCUGAUCAUGUUCCAGCCUUGGAAUAGUUUAUUUCUCUUCUGCAUUUUUCAUGCACAUCUGCCUCCUUCAACUGGGCAUCUUCCCAUUGUGCAGAGACUACAAUGCCCAUCAUCCCAGCCAGGGAGCAACAGGCGUUGUAGUCCCAACAUAUCGUGACAUUGCACUGGAUGAUAGAAUAGCUGCCUAAAUCUUCCUGGUUCAACUGAGCAUCUUUUCAAUAUGUUGGGACUACAAUGUCCAUCAUCCCAGCCAGGGAACGAUGGGCAUUGUAGUGAUAACCUAUUGUGACAUUGCCUUGGAUGAUGGAAUAGCUGCCUAAAUCUUCUUGGUUCAACUGAGCAUCUUUGAUAUGCUGGGGCUACAAUACCCAUCGUCCCAGCCAGGGAGCAAUGGGCAUUGUAGUCCUGACCUAUCAAGACAUUGCAUUGGAUGCUAGAAUGCCUGCCUAAAUCUUCCUGGUUCAACUGAGCAUCUUUUCAAUACGUUGGGACUACAAUGCCCAUUGUCCCAGCCAGGGAGCAAUGGGCAUUGUAGUCCCGACCUAUUAUGACAUUGCAUUGGAUGAUAGAAUAGCUGCUUAAAUUUGCCUGGUUCAACUGAGCAUCUUUUCAGUAUGUUGGGACUACAAUGCCCAUCAUCCCAGCCAGGGAGCGAUGGGCAUUGUAGUCCUAACCUAUUAUGACAUUGCAUUGGAUGAUAGAGUAGCUGCCUAAAUCUUCCUGGUUCAACCAAGCAUCUUUUCAAUAUGUUGGGACUACAAUGCCCAUCAUCCCAGCCAGGGAACAAUGGUCAUUGUAGUCCUAACCUAUCAUGAUAUUGCAUUGGAUGAUAGAAUAGCUGCUUAAAUCUUCCUGGUUCAACUGAGCAUCUUUGAUAUGCUGGGGCAUCUUUUCAAUAUGUUGCGACUACAAUGCCCAUCACCCCUGCCAGGGAGCAAUGGGCAUUGUAGUCCCGACCUAUUGUGACAUUGCAUUGGAUGCUAGAAUCGCUGCCUAAAUUUGCCUAGUUCCCAUCUUAUCAAUAUGUUGUGACUACAGUGCCCAUCAUCCCAGCCAGGGAGCAAUGGGCAUUGUAGUCCCGACCUAUUAUGACAUUGCAUUGGAUGAUAGUCUCUUCCCUGCUUUUCCAAACUUCCCACCAGGAUCGGACUCUGCUUGCUUGCAAUACAAAGUCUUUUUGGAACCUUGUUUUUGCAGGAAACCGGUCCUAAUUUGGCCCCAAAGAGGCCCCCGAUUCCCAAAUUGAGGCCGAAUCCCCCCAAAUCCCCCCCAUUUCCCUUCCUUCAUUUCACGGAAGGGCUUCUUUGCAAAAGACCUUUUGCUGCCUUGAAUCGGAGACCGAAACCUGGGCUUUGUUGUCCUCCCUUCUCCGUUGCAAGCCAUAUCAUUACAGUGUCUUGGGAAAACGUUUCGGGUUUUGAUGUCGUUGCUCUCAUUUAUAUAUGUAUAAAAAAAUCGUUUGCUGCUGCUGAAGUUUUAAUUAUUUUUAAUUAAAAACAAUAUCCAUUGCACCCCCAAAAUGGCAAGAUUUUGGAGCCUAUUAUCGAAUUUGCAAAUUGAAAUUGCAACUUGGUUCAUGGGAAUGCAAAAGGAAAUGGAUUCAGAGCAGGCCUGGGCCAACUUGGGCCCUCCCUCCGGGUGUUUUGGACUUCAACUCCCACAAUUCCUAACAGCCUACCGGCUGUUAGGAAUUGUGGGAGUUGAAGUCCAAAACACCCGGAGGGAGGGCCCAAGUUGGCCCAGGCCUGCUCUGAAGCUUUUGGGCUUCAAAAAUGGCUCCGAAAGAUCUUUGUUUACAUUGCGUUUGUUCAAUACAUUGAGUUUGCUAAAUGCAUCUAAGGGUGCAUCCGCACUGCAGAAUUAAUCCACUUUGAUCCCACUUUUCCUUGCAAAAUCCAGGGAGAUCUAUCUGCUUUGGGUGAGAGCCUUUUUCGUCUAAGGGUGCAUCCGCACUGCAGAAUUAAUGCACUUUUAUCCCACUUUUCCUUGCAAAAUCCAGGGAGAUCUAUCUGCUUUGGGUGAGAGCCUUUUCGUCUAAGGGUGCAUCCGCACUGCAGAAUUAAUGCACUUUGAUCCCACUUUACCUUGCAAAAUCCAGGGAGAUCUAUCUGCUUUGGGUGAGAGCCUUUUUCAUCUAAGGGUGCAUCCGCACUGCAGAAUUAAUGCACUUUGAUCCCACUUUACCUUGCAAAAUCCAGGAAGAUCUAUCUGCUUUGGUUGAGAGCCUUUUUCAUCUAAGGGUGCAUCCGCACUGCAGAAUUAAUGCACUUUGAUACCACUUUACCUAGCAAAAUCUAGGGAGAUCUAUCUGCUUUGGGUGAGAGCCUUUUCAUCUAAGGGUGCAUCCGCACUGCAGAAUUAAUGCACUUUGAUACCACUUUACCUUGCAAAAUCCAGGGAGAUCUAUCUGCUUUGGUGAGGUGGCAUUGAAGGCAAAAGUACCCUUCAAACUACAGCUCCCAGGAUCCCAUAACUUUGGGUCAUUAAAGUGGUAUUGAACCGCAUUAAUUCUGCAGUGUAGACAGGCUCAAAACUGUGAAAUCUAGGGAGAUGUAUCUACUUUGCUGAGGUGGCAUUGAAGGCGAAAGGACCCUUCAAACUACAGUUCCCAGGGUCCCAUAACUUUGGGUUAUUAAAGUGGUAUCGAACUGCAUUAAUUCUGCAGUGUAGACGGGCUCAAAACUGUGAAAUCCAGGGAGAUGUAUCUACUUUGCUGAGGUGGCAUUGAAGGCGAAAGGACCCUUCAAACUACAGCUCCCAGGAUCCCAUAACUUUGGGUCAUUAAAGUGGUAUCGAACUGCAUUAAUUCCGCAGUGUAGACGGGCUCAAAACUGCAAAAUCCAGGGAGAUGUACCUACUUUGGUGAGAUGGCAUUGAAGGUAAAAGGACCCUUCAAACUACAGCUCCCAGGAUCCCAUACCUUUGUUAGGACUACAGUGCCCAUCGUCAUUAAAGUGGUAUUGAACCACAUUAAUUCCGCAGUGUAGACAGGCUCAAAACUGUGAAAUCCAGAGAGAUCUAUAUACUUUGCUUAGAUGACAUUGAAGGCGAAAAGCGUCUUCAAACUACAGCUCCCAGGGUCCCAUAACUUUGGGUCAUUAAAGUGGUAUUGAACUGCAUUAAUUCCGCAGUGUAGACGCAAGCCCACUGGCCACUUUGGCUUCCAAAAACCUUGCAUCUAGAGCAGAUGUUGCAUUAUAACAUUGCAUAAACGUUGGGGGCUGUAUCGCUGUUGCACAAGUGAUAUCGAACUGCAUUAAUUCCGCAGUGUAGACAGGCUCAAAAUUCUGAAAUCCAGGGAGAUAUAUCUGCUUUGCUGAGGUGCCAUUGAAGGCGAAAAGCGUCUUCAAACUACAGCUCCCAGGGUCCCAUAACUUUGGGUCAUUAAAGUGGUAUCAAACCGCAUUAAUUCUGCAGCGUAGACGCAAGCCCACUGGCCGCUUUGGGUUCCAAAAACCUUGGAUCGAGUGGAAACAUUGCAUCUAGAACAGAUGUUGCAUUAUAGCGUUGCAUAAACGUUGGGGGCUAUAUCGCUGUUGCACAAGUGGUAUCGAACUGCAUUAAUUCCACAGUGUAGACAGGCUCAGAAUUCUGAAAUCCAGGGAGAUAUAUCUGCUUUGCUGAGGUGCCAUUGGAGACGAAAGGCGUCUUCAAACUGCAGCUCCCAGGGUCCCAUAGCUUUGGGUCAUUAAAGUGGUAUCAAACCGCAUUAAUUCUGCAGUGUAGACGCAAGCCCACUGGCCACUUUGGCUUCCAAAAACCUUGGAUCGAGUGGAUAUGUUGCAUCUAGAGCAGAUGUUGCAUUAUAAGGUUGCAUAAACGUUGGGGGCUAUAUCGCUGUUGCACAAGUGGUAUCGAACUGCAUUAAUUCUGCAGUGUAGACGCAAGCCCACUGGCCGCUUUGGCUUCCGAAAACCUUGGAUCGAGAGCAUACGAUGCAUCUAGAGCAGAUGUUGUAUUGACACCGAUCCAAACAUCUAUCCAUGUUGCAGAAUUGCAGCCCUUUCACACAUUGGAGCAGGAUGCUGGGAUCUGUAGUUGGAUGCCUCUUGUGCUAGAAGUCCCAACAUUCCAUGGAUGGAUCCUGACUCCAUCUGGCCCUUCAAAUCAGUAGGAUCUCUUCCCAUUUUGCAGUCCUUUUAAAGAGGAGGAGUCAGUGGCCAUUCCAGAAGUUGCCGGACUGCAACUCCCAGCGUCCUCUAGCCCUUGACUGCUGGGAGUUGUAGUCCCACACCUUCUGUAAACAAAAGGGAAUCAUUCCAGAACCUGUUUUCUCCAAUGCAUUUUCCUUUAUUUUCUUUCUUUCUCUCCUUUUAAACAGACAGACCGAGAAUGUGUUGACUUCCUUGUUGUUGCAAGAAGAACGACUGUUUUCUAUGUGCCUAUAAUAUACACACAAACACACACACACAAAGACAUGCAAACAUAUAUAUCUAUCUGUGUAGAUAUCUUAAAAGAGAUGUUAAGUGUUUUGGGGUUUCUUUUUUUAAGCAAAAAGUUCUCAAGGAAAAUAAUAAACUUAGAGGAAAAAAUA